AUGCCGUGCGAAGCAAUGAAUAAUAUUGCAACUUUUGAACCAUUGAUCAUUUUAUUGUUCACAAUUCUAAUAAUAUCGAUUCUGGUUAUACCAUGUGCAUUUUACAUUGGCUACAAGAUUGCCAGAAAUCAACUUUAUCAUCUGAAUACUCGAGUUCUCCUAGUCGCUCAUACUUUUGCAUUGAUCGUACAUUUAUCCGACAGGUUUGUUGGAAAAAGUUUUCAGAUGAACUUGUUAAAAAAUGUUGACAGCUUCUCUGCUUCCAGAGUUUACCUACAUGGUUUCGAUUUGUACAGAUGGCUUGUACUUCUUCCAAAAUCUGAUGCUUGUAGUAUUCUUGUAUCAGUCAGACAGUGUUAUUAUAAUCGAGUUCUUCUAAAUAUCGGAUUGUGGUAUUGUAUUUGCACUAACCCAAUGAUUGCUAUCGAGCGGUAUAUUGCUACUAAUAACAUUGCUAAUUAUCAUAAAGAUCGGAAAACGGGAACUUGUCUACUUUUACUUCAGGUUGGAUCAGCAAACAAGUGGUAUUUAAAAAUUUAAUGAAUCUCGUGCGCUGUGUGUCAAACGCAUCGCGUCGAUGCAAAAUAGUAAAGAAUGAUGUUUUUAUACAUGACUCACAAGUUGAUAUUUGAAAUAUCACACUUCGUGAAACGAUUCCUUGAAUAAGCUUCAAAGUUUGAUUCCACGAAUCACUUUUUUUUCAGAUUAUCAUCACCAUGAGUUUGAUUAUUUGUGCUUAUGGACACGUCAUCACCGAUGACGCACGCAAUUAUUGCUUUGCUGCAAAUAUCCAUUUCCCAGUAAAAACUAUGGUUGCUAGUAUAAUUGUUAUUUUGAUGCAGCUAGCCGCAUUGACAGCAUACAGACAUCUUCGAAGUGUUAAUAGAAAAUUGAAAAAUCGGCUUCAUAGAGAUGGCUCAAGCUUGACGAAAAGUUAUCAGGUUCAAGAAUCAUUAAGAAGUUUUGAAUUCCUUUCUCAGCCCUUCGAAACCAUGUUCUACUCUCAGUUAUCCUUCGCAAUUUCGGCGUUAACUUUAUUGUAUUAUAGUGCAAGUAUCCCUGAGCACAUUUAUGUGUUUCUUAUGGAAUGUGCAGUUUUCUUCCCACAACUUCCAUUGCUCAUUAUACUUAAUUUGUUAAGACGAGAAAGAUCAAUUAGGCAGAACUCGAUAAGUUCAAUGAGAAAGAAAAUCGAGACGAAGAGCGAAGAAUAUUUCAAAAUUUACAAGAGCUCGUGGGAUAACACUCAAUUAUAAUUGUGUUUUUAUUGGUUUUUUCUUUUGUUUUUUUUUUGCGUGGUAGCAAUAAAUUUUGUUUUUUCUAUGAAUCCAUAGCGUCAUUGUCAGUCAGGUUUUUUUCGUCUCACCAGAUCAUUCCCAAGUGUCCUUGUCAGUGCAUGAUUUUGUUUUCCGCGCUAAAGUUCAACAAUUAAGUCUGCGUUUUCUGAUAAUGUCAUUUCAAAUUAGUUCGACGAUGGAUUGUGAGACUAUGUUUGCUGUGGCUACCUAUAAGCCUCUCAUAACUUGCCUAAUUGUCUUAUUAGCUAUCGGAGUUAUAGCUCUUCCCUGUCUCAUCCUAGUGAUAUUCAAAAUCUGGACUAACUCAUUAUAUCAUCUGAAUACCCGAGUUAUUCUACUAGCUCACUGUGUGGGUUUGAUAGUUCACUUGUUUCAUAGAAUAUUUUAUCAUGGUUGGGAACUGUAUAAUUAUUUAAUAGUGUUGCCGGGAGUCUCAUCCGCUUGUGAUAUCAUAUCUUCUUCGGAUCGAUGCUUCUACCUCCGAUCCGGUUUCAAUUUCGGAAUGUGGUUUGCUAUUUGUACAACACCUAUGAUUGUCUACGAAAGAUGGUUAGCCCUCAAGAAAAUUGGAAACUAUCAGAAAGAUAAGCAAUCCUGGAUUUAUAUAAUUAUCUUCCAAUUUUUACUAACCUUUUUCCUUUUAUCUUUAGUCUAUGCUCGUACAUCGUUUGGAAAGAAAACUUAUUAUUGUCUAGCGACUAGUACAGGUUAGUUUGAUUUUAAAAAUAUGUUUAAAAUGCUUGUUUUUUCAGAAACCCCUUACGAAACAGUAAUCGCAUUUGUACUUUUAAUGACUAUUCAAUUAGUGUCAGUGUUGGUUUUCCGAAGUCUUUUCAAAAACUAUGCAAAUCUUCGCGAGUUAUACCAUACUAAUGGAUCUACGCUAACUAAAAGAUAUCAAGUUGAAGAAUCUCUUCGUUCCCUGAACCUUAUAUCAACUCCAGUUUACCUCAUGUUUCUUUGCCAGUUCACCUAUGGAGUUUGCAGUUUCAUAGGAGUCAUGUUAAAUGAGCAUUUCUCCAGGGAAACAUUCUAUUUGACUAUGGAGAUAGCUAUUUUUGCUCCAGAAUAUGCAGUGUUUUUCAGUAUUGUGAUGAUUACAAAAGAGAAGAGUAUCAAUCUUCAAAAUGUGAAAUCAUUGAGGAAUACAAUUCGAGUAACUCCUCAAGAAUACUUCGACAAUUACAAAAAAUCAUGGAAUUUCUAA